UUAAAUUCCAGGUGGUCGACAUGCACGCUGUCAACGAAAUUAUAUCCAUUUUGGAGAAAAUCAAUAUUACAAAAGAGCUGUUGGAGACCACCCGACUGGGUAAACAUGUCAACGAGCUGAGGCGGAAGACUACUGACCAGACGUUGGCGCGGCGUGCCAAGGUACUGGUGAAGAGAUGGCGCGACCUCGUCAUACCAGCUGUAUCUUCGCCCGCACACACCGGUUCAAACCGGUCGUCAGCGGAGCGUCAGAUGCGACGUCUGGGUGGCACUCCCCUCACCUCACCCGCUCUCACACGGAAUGUGGUGAGUCCUGCAGUGCCCAGUCCGCGCACUCAGGCUCGACCCGCAUGGGGUGGGUACGAGUCUGACUCUCAGGACGUGAUCCUGGUGGACGACGAGCCCCCCACCGCGCUGCCACCCCCGCCCAUAGCGCCCCUCGCACCCCUCGCACCCUUCGCCACACAGAAACCACUCACGCCCACGCCUACGACCACGCCCACGCCUCCAAUCAAGAGGCAACCGUCCCCCGAGCUUGUGCACGAUGACAAAAAGGCGAAGCGGGAUAAAAAGCCUAAGAAAAGAAGGGGCCACAGCCGCGCGGGGUCGGGCACGGAGGCGGGGGGCGUGGGGGAGGGUGAUGCCGGCGUGGAGGGGGGCGGGGUGUGGGGGGCGCGCAAUGGCUCCGCCCACCACGAGCGACGCCGCAACGGCUGCCGGCGUGACGCUCUCGACGCCUACUCCGCCCUCGUCAACCGCAUGCCGCCCGCCGGCGCUAAGAAGGUUAAGACGACGAAGGAGCUGCUGGAGCAGAUCCAAUCGCGUGGCAGCAAGCCCGCCUCGCGUCCCGCCUCUCCCUCCUCCCCCGCCUCGCCCGCCUCGCCCGACGUCAUGCUCAUAGAGCCCGACUCGUUCACCAAAGCGGCCUCGCCUCUGCGCAACGGCAGCAGCGAGCCGGGCCAUGGCGCCCCGCCCCCCGCCCGCCCCGCCAGCCCCCUGCCCCCGCGCUCCCCGCUCGACGAGGAGCUGGCGGCGGAGCGCGAGACGUGCACGUGCGAGGAGGAGGCGCAGGAGACGUGCCCCGCGGCCUCGCGUCGCCGCACCGCGCCGCUGCACGUGCUGGCGCUGCACAACGCGCUGCUGCCCGGCGUCAAUGGCACGCGCGCGCCGCUGCACCCGCACCAGUUCGCCGUGCGCAAGCUCGCCGACCACGAGCGGCCCGGACUCUUCACCAGUGUCGUGCCCCUCUACAAGUAUUCCGACUACGCUGACGAUUAUUGCGUUAAGAAUUUGUCGCGAGUGACUCUGUGCAAACAUAUACCGGUCGACGAGUUCGCGCCCCCGCCCCCCGACAUCCCCGCGCCGCCGUCUCCGCCCUCGCCCCGACCCUACCCCGUGGACGAGGAGACCGAGGCGCCGGAUAUCAAACCCGAGCCCGAGUGUGUCAAGACUGAAGUGAUGGAAUACGAGUGCCCCGAGGUGCAGCCGGAGAUGGUGAGCGUGCCCAGCCUCGAGCCCAGCGAGCGGCUGAAGGCGCCCCUGCUGUCGGUCGAGGACGAGCGGCAGUUCGGCGCCGAGCCGGUCGUCAAGAUGGAGGUAGAGGAGCAAUUUGUGAGCGAACCCCAGGAGCAUAGGACGGUUGAGCGGACGAAAGAGGAGCUCGACGGCAAGGGGUUGUACGCGUUGUGCCAGCGCGCGAUGGACGCGAUCCCGUACUCGUACGCGCAAGCGGCGAGCGCGCCCGUGCUGUCGCUGUCGGCCGUGGAGCAGGGUGCGACGCUGGAGGAGGUGGACUCGUACCCCGACGAGCUGGGCCGGCCGCAACGCGCGCCGCGCUUCGCCGAGUGGCACGAGUGCGCGCGCCUCGGCGACCUCAUCGCGCUGCCCUACGUCGUGAUAGACUGA